AAAGAAAUUCCCACAGUUGUUUCAUUAUAAUAUUAAUAAUAAUAAUAAUUAAUAAUUAAUAAUAAUAUAGCAAAAUGAAGAAGAUAAUAACAGUAUUGUUUGUGAUUCUUUAUCUGUUUCUUCACAAAAUAUGAUGAGCGCAGUAAGGAAACUCAUCGUGGCGCCACUUUCUCCAUCAAAUCUAGCCCCUCAGGCUGGGGAGGUGAUUGUUCAGAUCGUGGAAGACACAACCGCCUACACUAGUUCUGUUGUAGAAAAUUCAAGCGUCGAGCCACGCGUCGAGGAUGACAGGAAGAGUGGGUCUGAUGUCAUGGAUACUAGUGCUUGUGCUAGAGCUCGAGUUGUUGAGUCAACUUACAAGUCCGAGUGCCUAUCAGCACACUGCCCCGAUGGUGUUCUUCUGAUUGUGACUGAUCAUGUCCCUACAAAUGGUGUUAAUGGAGACAACCAUUGGCGAAACCUCUCUAUCUUGAAGAAAGUUUCCUCAGGCAACAAUGUGAUUUUUUAUGGAUGCACAAAGGAAUUUGAGACGACAGCUAUUGAGGCUAUACUUGAAGAAACGAUUGUUUGGUCUCCAAAUGGGCAAAUGGCGGAGGAAGCUAACUUUAAUGGACACUUGGAUGAAUUCAACAAGAUUACAACAGAGUUGGAAUCCAUUGAUGUGAAGAUUGAAGAGGAUGACAAGGCGGUGCUUUUGUUGGCCUCAUUGCCUUCAUCUUUUCACAACAUCGUGACCACGCUUUUGUUUGGAAAAGAGACCUUAAAAUUUGAUGAAGUAGUUGCUGCGUUGUUGAUGAACGAGACUCGGUGGGGUGGCAACUGGGUAUCAAAUGACGGUCAAGCUUUGGUAGCAAAAGGAGCUGGUCGGGAACGAGGACGGUCUAAAGAGAGGGGCGGCGUGUCCCAACGCUUCAAAUCGAGUAGUAAAAGCUUUCGGUGUUACUACUGCGAUGAAGAGGGUCAUUUAAAAAGGGUUUGUCCAAAGAGGAGGAAGGAAAAGAAGGACGGGAAAACACCCGUGACUGCGGUUGCAGAAAGUUUGAACCAAGCAAGUGAAGAAGACUUGUUUUUGGCAACCACAAAGAGUCGAGAUUCUCCCAUCACUCCUAAAACAUUAUUUAACCCAACAAAGAUUUGCAAUAAAAAUAUUACUCUCUCCGUCCACCUAAGAUCUCCCAUUACGCGUUACGAGGCUUGACCGACUUUAUUUUUAAUUCAAUUUAAUUGAUUAUAGGAGUAAAAUUUUAAAAUAAAAUUUAUAUAGUAAUAAAUUACAUAAAAAGUUCUAUAAAACUAGAGGUGACAAGACUAUAUUAUUUUAUGAAAUUACUAGUAAAAUUGAGCAAACAAAGUGAGUGAAGUUUGACCCAGUAAAUAGUGACUGGAAAGAUCUAUGGUGGACGGAGUAUAUGGUAUUUGAUUUGCAAAUUUUUUGAGCUACGUGCCUUGCAUCGAGCCGUGUAAAAAGUGAAAGGGGGAGGUGGCAGCAGCAACAUCAAAUCAGGGUACAACCCACACAUUAAUUUAAUACAUUAAUUACUAAGCUCACAAUAUAAAUAGACUUAAAUUUAACAUUUUCAAUGUCCACUCUCCAGGGCAUACUUCUUCACCUUCAAGGUUUGCAACUUCAUCUUCUUUGCAUUAUUAAUUGUUCUUCCUCUUAGAAAGAUUCUUUUUUGCUUUUUUUGCUAUGUGAUUGCAGAUUACACGUGGAUCGAACUUCACAAAUUCAAACCAACUCGAUCAUGUUUAAAGACUUAGAUACAAACAAAAGAUACAAACAGUGAAACAAUACACGUACCACUUUGAUGGCAGUGCACCAUAAACACUACGUUCAAUUCUUUUUCAAUUUUGAAGAAUUAAAGAUAAAUAAAUACGGAGUACUCAAUAUUGCGAUUACAUUAAUGACUUUAAUAAACUAGAUUACUUAGUAUUUCCAGUUUACUUUUCAAAUCUUUUUUGAAGACCUUAAAAACUAUGAAUGGUGCAUUAGAAAUUAGAAUUAUGAUAUUUUUUUAAAUAGAUGAAGGGUGUUUCUUAUGAAAAAGCCGUGUAAUUUUUUAGUUUAAGAUUCAAGGCUCAAAUGAAUCCAUUACAUUAAGCUUUUUGUUCUAAAUAAAUUUUAUAUUAGUCAAUUGUCUUACAUAAGAUAGUGUAAAAAUUACCUUAGAAAAAUAAUGAAGAGUAUUUUCCAAAUAACCAGUUUUGAUAUAUAGUCCUUGAAAUAGCUAUUCAUAGUGCAAGUUUAAAUAAAUUUAUAUAAAUCCAGUGAAUAAUUUUGAGUUGAGAAGACAAACACAGUGUCUAAUGUCAAGAUUACCUUUAUGAUUGGCAUGAACAUAUGCGUCUUAGAGUGAACCUACAAACCAAAAAAUGACAUUAGUUUCAAUUGGAAAUUUCAAUUAAAAUUAAAAAAAUCUUUGGAGUAAAAACGUGUGGAUUCAUAGCCCUUAUUGUCAAUAAAUAGUUUCUGCUACUUUCAUAUUAAGUCUGUUUAUAUAGCAUGCGUUUAUUUUAGAUUUACACAAAAAAACAUAUCUAGAUUUGCAUGUCAAAUUAUACUUUAUGAAAUGGUUAAACAAAUUUGAAGAUAGGUGGAUGAAGUUUCUGAGGAUUUUUUGUAAGAACAUACUAAAAUCCAGAAAUUUUGAUAAACUAAUAUCAAACAAGAAAAAAACAGAUCUAAGAAAAACUCAGGAAAAUUUAGAACAAGGGGAUAUAUAAAAAUAAAAAUACUAAACAUCAAAAGAAAAUCAGUAUUUCAAAGUGGAAGAAAUGGAACACUAUGCCUACCUCCGACAGUCGUUUCCCGGCGUGCACCUCCAACAAGUUACCGGGGCAAGAAAUAGAUGGUCACGAGUGAUGGUGUACCGGCGCAAUUAACAGGUGGAUUCGGCCGUCGUUUCUAUUCUUUGAUGGAGAACUCUAGAGAGAGAGAGAUAAAGCUUAGUUGGUCGACAAAAUUGAGAGGAAAAUGAGAUCUCGGCCAAACUGAGAGGAAAAUUCUAGAGAACCAGAGGAAAAUGGAAGACUCUAGAGAGAGAGAUAAAGCUAGAGAAUUAGGGAUGUUAGAGGAAAAUGGGUUAUCACGAUAAGUAGGAUAAAGAAAUGAAGCCCAAAUUC